AUGGACGCCCAAGUUCACAGAAAUGCUCACUGUAAACUAGUGCUGCUCGGAGACUCUGCUGUCGGAAAGUCCUCGCUAGUGCACCGCUACGUUAAGCAACAGUUCCUGGAGCUGAGAGAAUCAACCAUAGGGGCAGCUUUCAUCACGAAGACUGUUAAUCUCGAUGCGUACACCUCUGUCAAGUUUGAGAUAUGGGAUACCGCUGGACAGGAACGUUACAAGUCCCUGGCACCGAUGUACUACAGAAACGCUGAUGCUGCGCUAGUGGUGUUUGACGUGACAGACCAGGUUAGCUUUGAACGGGCAGAGAGAUGGAUAAAGGAGCUGAGACUUCAGGCGCCAGAGGGCCUGAUAAUAAAGCUUGUAGGGAACAAGAUUGACCUUAAGGACAGGCCUAAUUCUAACCUCGUUGACGAAGCAAUGGUGAGGGAGUAUUCGUACUCGGAGGGCAUUGAAUAUCUCGAGUGCUCUGCAAAGACCGGUCAAGGUGUGAUGGAGAUCUUUGAAGGCAUAGCCAAUGAACUUCCGCAGGAGAAGUUUGUAGUGCAAGGCGUUGAAGAUGGCGAUAUCCAGGGACAAGGAGGUGUCAUUGACCUGAAUGGUGCUAGAGUCCAUGUUCACGCAGCAGGAUGUAGAUGUUAA